ACAACUCUAUAUAUAUUCCCUCCGUUUAGAACCUCAUUUGUUGGGAUCCAAAAUAUCAAACCUCGUGUUUCUUCCUUACCAUCCAAACAACCCCUUACUCUUAACUUCUUCCAAAACAUUCACAACUGAGAAAAAACUAUCACACAUCACACAUGGGUGAGAAAAAAGAAGGAGAAAAGAAGAACAAUGAAGGACAAAACAAGGGUGAUGGUGGUGUUUCUACCCUUGUUUUUAAGUUUGAUAUGCAUUGUGAAGGUUGUGCCAAAAAAGUCAGACGAUCAAUCAAGAAAUUAGACGGUGUGGAAAAUGUAAAGACAGAAUUUUCUGCAGGGAAACUGACGGUAGUUGGUAAAGUGGACGCUGUAAAAAUUCAAGAGAAGGUGGAGGAGAAAAUGAAAAAGAAAGUGGAGUUGUUAUCUCUACAAACAAACAAGCCCUCUAAUAAUAAGGAUAAUAAUGGUGGUGAGAAAAAAUCCGAUGAGAAAAAAUCCGGUGAAAAAAAGUCCGAUGAGAAAAAAUCCGGUGAUAAAAAGGGAGAUGAGAAAAAGUCAGAGGUGAAAUCUGAUGAAAAAAAGUCAGAGGAUAAGAAAGAUCAGAAACCCAAAGAGCCUCAAAUCUCUACCGUAUUAUUGAAGACAAGAGUGCAUUGUGAUGGAUGUGCUCAGAAAAUUAAGAAAAUUGUCCGCAAGUGUGAUGGAGUUCAAGAUGUAAAUGUUGAUUUACAGAAGGAUGUGAUCGCAUUGAAGGGUACUAUGAACGUGAAAGACCUAUUGCCUUACUUGAAUGUAAAGCUAAAGAGAACCGUAGAGCUUGCUCCUGCAAAAAAGGAUGAAGGGGCUGGUGGAGACAAGAAGCCUAAAGAAGAUGGAGGGGCCAAAGAAAAGCCUAAAGAAGGCGGUGGCGGUGGCGGUGGCGGCUCAAAAGAAAAGCCUAAAGAAGGCGGUAGUGGCUCAUCGGAAAAGCCUAAAGGAGGCGGCGGCGACAAAAAGGAAGGUGGUGGGGGUGAAGGAAGCGCCUCUAAGGAAAACGUAACAAAAAUAGAGAUCAACAAGAUGGAAUACAACCCAUAUGCUCAUGGCUAUGGUGCAAAUGCAUACACUUUUGAUCCAAGGCAACAAGAACAAAGCUAUGGUCACCAAGUAGUUGAUUAUUGGCAUGAACCAGAAUACUCUCACCCUCAGAUGUUCAGUGACGAGAAUCCUAAUGCUUGUUCUGUUAUGUGAUUGUUUAAUACUUCCACUAUAUUUUUAAACCUGUAAAUAAUUAUGUAGUGAGGUAGAAGUUUAAUUAAUAUGAUGAUAUAUAUAUUAUCUAACGAGAGCUUAAGUUAGUGAGCUAGACUUUUUUGUUCUUAUUUACUUGAAAUAAAUAAUGUCUUCUCUUGGGAGAUGGUGAUUGGUUAUGUUAA